UUUGUACAUUAUAUUGACGUGGUUUUAUUUGUUUUUAUAUAUGUAUGUAAAUAUAAGAAUGGCUCUGGUAAAGAUUUCAUCUUACAACACUCAUCGUUCUCCCAACAUAAUUCAUAUGCUACGUUAUUGUUAUUGAUGGUUUAUUAUUGUUUUUUAAAUUUUUUUAAUUAUUACAGCGGAACCAAAACAUCCACAUCUACUCAUCCGUAUUCGCCCUAUGCUCUUCGCUCUUGUUUUUCAAAGUAAUCAGUCAACGGCCACCGCGUUCGUUAGUUCGCUUCGCAGUUGCUCGCGUCGGUCGCUGCUCUCUCAAACAAAUAAAAUAUUCUUACGGUGUUGUUUUGUUAUCUUUAUGUUUUAUUGUUGCUUCUUUUAACAUUCCCCAACACACAUAGACAUGCAUUCAACAAACAUACGUUUAUUUUCAUUCAUUUGCUGUAAACAACACUUCGUCAUCCCUUGGUCUCACUCGGUCUUCAUCGAAACAAUACUCUGCUCUGAUAAACAGCGACGUCAGCAGUUAACUCCAGAUACAAAAUCAUUCUACGGCAUGCAUACUGCCUCUGCCACUUUGCGGCUUCGUUGUUGUUUACUCACUAUAUAUAAGUAUAAACGAAUUACCAUAAAUCGCUUAUGCAGCAACUGCAAACACCCAUUUUAUUAGCGCCAAUCGAUUUUAAUCUCACAGCGCAACCGCACACGCUAAUAAACCGAGGAAUCAUGGAAUGGACCAACGAUGAAGCUCUUGAACUAAUAGAGCAAUAUCGCAUCCACACAGAAUUGUGGAAUCGUGCUGAUCCCAAGUACAAAGAUAAAUUAUGUCGCUUUCGAGCGUGGUCAGAAAUAGCGGAACGUUUUGGGUGCAGCAAAGCUGAAGUGGAACGGAAGAUGAAUGUGUUACUUACACAAUAUCGACGGGAGAAACACAAAAUGCUUAUUAAAUUAUACCAGGGGAUUCAGCCGAAUCCGUCAAAAUGGUACGCGUUCAAAAGGUUCGAUUUUAUGGAGGCGGGUGGCGGUAGCAGUUCAUCGAGCAGAUCGGGCACAAAUGGUCAUACAUCUACGUCGACGGCUGCAAGUUUAAAUGGCCUUAACUCUUACGAAACCAUAACAGCAGCGGCGCAGCAGACAACAAGUACAGCCGUCGCGGUGGCAGCGACGACUGCAAACGCCGCGCCGAGCACUUCACAACAUCGGCGCAUGAAGAAAGAGAUGAAGUAUUUUGGUGCGAUGGGCAUAAGCCUACCGAUGCUGAUAGCCAGCAACACGGCAAUGGAUACAUGGAGCACUGUUGGCCAAUAUUCACCGCCAAUCGAUAACGAUCGAAACCCGUUGCGAGUUCCCUUACCUAUGCCCUUCCCAAACUCGCAAAGUGAAAUGAAUGUGGCAAGCAGUGCAACGCGUAGCCUUUUCGGUGGAAGUAGUAACAGUGAUAUAACCGCCAGUCCUCAAAAGCCAAUGGAAUCCUCAGAUAUUGAAGACAAAGACGAAAUCUUAACAAAGCGUGAACGCUCAACACCGUCCAGUUUACACAACGUAAGUGGAAGCAGCGACGUCGGAGCUCAUAUCAGUUGCGUUGGUAAUACCACUAUAACUGAAAGAUGCAACAGUGAUAGUACUUGUGGUAUUAGCGGACGUACCGGUGUAGAGGGAGCCAUCGUAGAACCAAACGAUGGAGGUUCUAGUCCUAUAUCUAAUAUUAUUGAAUCGCACGAAAAGCGGCGACGUACUACGCGUGACCAUGAGGAGUUAGACAUAAAGCGAGAACUUGUAGAUUACUUUCACCCCCCUCAUCCUCCAGCUCCGCCCGAUUCCCAUCGUUCAUAUAGCUCGAUUGAUGAGAACCGAAUCGCAGGGGCUGACCCCGAUGAUUUUGCGCAAGAUUUGCGCGUAAGCGCAGCAGCCGCUGCGGCUAAAGGCAUAAACUUUAGCCAAUUUGUACUACCACGGAAUUUACGCCACUCAUCCGAGUCGAUAGAUGAGAAAUUUGCUCCACUAAAUAUGCGUAAACUGAGUUCAGUAUCGGCAACAGCCUCAACCGCAGGGCAAAUGCUUAUGAAUUCCUUACUAUCUAACGAAAGUUUAUCAAAAGAGACUGCCACAAGCACUAGUGGACGCAUUAAAAGCGCAUCCCAAGAAGCUGCAUCCACAUCUGCGGCAGCUGCUGCAGCUGCUAUUUAUGCUGAAAGUCUGAAUAAAGAUGAUUGCGAUUUCAUUGGAUCGAAUGUUACACUAAAACUCCGAUCGAUGGACCGCACCCAAAGAAUCAUAGCCGAAAAGUUAAUAAGUGAAGUUCUUUUUUAUGGACAAUUCAACGAGCUUGAACGAAAUGCUCACAUCCAACCUAAGUGACAGCAGCUAACAAUGUUACAUAAGGGUUUCUAAAUAUAACGAAAAAAAGAACAUAUUAUGUUUCCUACCAAUUUUAUCCCAAAAAAAAAAAAAAAUUCACAGAAGGAACGUAUUGAAAAGAGAAGUAGUUCUUCUGUUUGGCACUCCUCCUGGUAAUCGAAUAAUCUAUCAUAAUUCCCUGUUUGUUUAAAUACAUGUAUUGUUUUAAUAAAAUCAUGAUAUUUAAAAACUAACCCUUAUAAAAUUAUACAAAAAUCCUUGUAGUACAAAU